AUGGCUAUGACGAUUCCGUCCAGUUCUCGCAUCUUUCAACAAAUCGAAGAUAUACAAAUUCGAAUUUCACAGUGCGAGCAAGAAUUAAAGUCCCACAAGUCACCACGAUUCGAGUAUGAGGAGAGACUGACCGAUGUCAACACCCGCAUUGAUGAGGCUUGGGAACGUCUGUUUUCAGGUCAAAGCCCGAUCGAUCGUUCCGAGCUCCAGAGCAAGAUUCUGAAUUAUGGCCGUGAGUUGGAGAGGAUUGAAAGUGAACAUAAAGAGGGCCUCGAGCUGCAGAGGCUUCUUACCAGCGUCGUAUCGAUGCUGUUUGGAAAGACUCUUGCAAAGGGCUUAUCGCAGUAUUGGAAUCUAUGCUGCUUCCAAAUACACCGCAAGAAGCAGAAGACAGGGAGCUCCAGCAAACACUUCCGAAUGGGUCAACUAGAGAUCAGCCGAAAGGCUCUCAACCGGCAACACCCGUCGAAUCAGUUGGGCGUCGUGGGCCUCCUGGGGGGCCUUGCACGGAGACCACUGACACCUGCGGCAAAAGCAACAGGGCUCGAUAGGAUGAUUCAGCCGCAGUGGAAGAGGCGACGAAUCACUGAGAGCCAAGAGCGGCAUAGUGACGAUUCACUGAACGAGAAUGACGGGCAAGACCUCCGAAGCUUCGACUUAAUGGAUGCCAAUAUUGACAAGCGCAUCAAACACGUCGGGCGGGUUCGCCAGUUUGUCAAUGAGCGGGAAAAGUCACGAGCAAAGGAUAAGGAUGAUGCAUCUGCCUCUCAACGAGCAAGGUCUGUUGAUGCUGCGGAGAUCAAUCUCAGUCAGGUGAAAUCGGAUUAUGCGCGGCCAAAAAGGACCCGAAGGUCUCAAUCGACGGGGAAUGCUCAACUGACGAUUCGGAACCAAGACUUGGGUGCGAUCCCAAUCGAGAAACAGCGAGCUGCCCCCAAUCUGAGCAGGAUCGCGAUGGCGACCGCCCAAGGAGGACUUCGGUCUUGCACCUCAUUCGAAGGCUCCCAUAUCAACUAUGGGUUCGACCUCAGGAUCUGA